AUAUUUUUUAGUAUUUUUAGGUUAGAACGUGGUUGAAAUAAAAAUAUUUGAUGAACUUUAUGAAUAUUUUAUAAUUUUUAUAAUGUCUGACAAAAAUACAGACAGUAUGGAAUUUUCGAGUAUAGAAGAAACUAUUCUCUUCCCAGGUUAUAGUUCUCUGGCAGAUUUUACAAAGGAUGGAUAUAAAAUUCUAAUGGAUGGUAUAAAGCAAGCUAAUUCUUUACCUGCAGGAAGAGAUUGGAAUUUUUAUACCACUUUUAAUUCAUUCAAAAGUGUAAUUAACAAAGAGGCGAAUCAAAUUAUUGAUAACAUUGAUAGUAUAUUGCAUAAAAAUGAGGCUGGAGGUACUAUGCGUAAUUUAAAUCUAGAAGCAAAAACGGAAAGAUUAAUUGAUGCCAACGAUAUUAUCUUGGAACGAGUUGCAAAUAGUAUCGAUGAGAUGAAUGGGAUCAGAAACGUUGAGAUCGAUCCUGUAAAAUUACAGACAGUUAGUGUAGAAGUACCUGUUAAUAUUAAUGGUUCAUGGAAUAGAAACAGUAAUCCUACAUUCUCAGUGGGUUCAUACACUACUGAAAAGGGUAACUACCAAGUCAAAGCUCAAACAAUUCGAUUACUAGCAGGAGAGAAUAUCAUCAGGCCCCAAAAAUUAUUUAGAGAUAAAAUAGACAAUAGCAAUGACAACCCCUGGGAACCUAGGAUAAAAGAAAAGCCGAAUUCCUUGAAGCCUCUUGCAAUAUUUUUAGAGGAAUCUGAUAAUGGCAGACAGUUUUCUCAUCCAUAUUUAUACGAACUGGAAAGAUUUAACUUGCCCGAAAAUUUGUUAACUAAGGGCUCUAUAGUUCGUCCCAAGUUGAUAAGCGAUACACCCCUUAUAGAAAUAAAUAAUCCUGAACAACUACCAUCCUUAGUAGAAGAUUUACAUAAAUAUGAUACAAUUGCAGUCGAUUUAGAACAUCAUUCAUAUAGGACAUUUAUGGGCAUAACUUGUUUAAUGCAGAUUUCCACGUAUGAUACUGAUUAUUUAAUAGACACUUUAGCAUUAAGAAGCGAUCUUUACAUUUUAAAUGAAGUAUUCACUAAACCAAAUAUUCUUAAGAUUUUCCACGGUGCUCAUUCAGAUAUAUUAUGGUUACAAAGGGACUUAUCACUUUAUGUUGUUAAUAUGUUUGAUACGUACUUUGCGGCAAAACAAUUAGGAUACUCGUCCCUAUCCCUAGCCAGUUUAAUGCAAAGGUUUUGUAACUUUGUUCCCAACAAACAAUUCCAAUUGGCGGAUUGGAGAAUCAGGCCGUUACCGCAGGAACUAAAAAACUAUGCUAGAGAAGAUACACAUUACUUAGCCUUCAUCUAUCACAACAUGAAGAAUGAACUGAUAGCCAAAGCAAACGGAAACAAGAAUUUGAUUCAAGCUGUUUUCCAGGAAAGCACGGAAUUAUGUAAAAAGAGAUAUUUUAAACCAAUUUGGCAUGAGGAAAUCCACCUUGAAUUUUAUAGAAGAUGUAAUAGAAUGUUUGACAAUCGUCAAAUGUUUGCUUUGAAAGAACUUUAUAAAUGGAGAGAUAACAUUUCAAGGCAGGAGGAUGAAAGCACUGGGUAUGUGUUACCCAAUAAUAUGUUACUAGAAAUAGCAGAGAGGUUGCCAAGAGAAAUGCAAGGCAUUUUGGCUUGUUGUAGGCCUGUUCCUCCACUUGUUCGCGCCAAUUUACUUGACCUUCAUAAAAUUAUAUUAAAAGCCUUAGAAAAACCUUUUGAAGAGCCUAUUUUAAAAGAAGAUACGCGUGCAAGAGGAACGACCAAGAAAGUUUCUAAAAUUAAUGUCGACAGCCCUUUGUACUGUCCUCAUGACUUAUCAAAAUCUGAAGAAUUUCGUGAUGAUCUACCAACAAUGUUAGGAGAUGUAAAUAAUAAAAAAUUAGAAAUUCAAAAUGAUGGGUAUGAAAAUAUUGAACGGUCAGAGUCAGUCUGUAGCGUUUUUAAUAACAGUCUUAAAACUCAAGAAAGAAGUACGUGUACAAAAUUACUUAGAUUUCGCGAAAACUUCAAGUUUUUAAGUCCUUUUGAUCGAUACCAGCUUGUUAAACCAUUUAUAGAAGCCAGAGAGAAAAAAGUUACUGAAGAGAAAGAAAAGGAAACAGAAGAAAAAGUUCCAAACCACUUAGAAACAGAGGUAUUGGUUCCUUUAGAGAAGAAUGUCGAACGUACAGAUGAGGAGAGAAUUGAAUCUAUAAGGUCACAUUAUAUGAAUCUAGCUCGAGAUUCAAAUUCCAAAAAAGCAAAAGUGCAAUCGCUGCUUGAAAUGGGCGGUAGUAAAAAAAGGAAACGUGAAGAAUUUAUGUCAGGUGUCACUUAUUCCCCAUCUCAGUCGCAGGCCACUUCUUAUCAAAGCCCUAUACCAAAUCUCAAUACAAGCAGAUUGAUUCCUAUUAAUGUAGAACAUAAUAACGAACCAAAUAGAAAACAACAGAAACUAAACAAUGAACAGAAGAAUUUGAAUCAAAAAAAGAAGAAAAAGAAUCGAGCAAAGAAUAAUAUAGACGUAAGAGAGGCUCUUCUUUCAGGUGCCGACAUAGGCGAAGCAAGUUUUAGCGGUCAACAUUUAGCCUCUAAUCAAAAUCAGCAACAGUCAAAUAAAAAAGGAAAUGUUAAUAGUCCUGGUUUAAGCUCUUACGAUUAUUCUAUGGUCGACUUCAGACAGUUUAGAGGAGGUGCCGGCCGAAUUGAACCAAAAGGACAGAUUAAAUCAAAAUAUAAAGCAAGGAACAAGAUAAGAUUAAAUAAACGUGGAAAUAACAAAUCAGCUGUGUUUGGAAAAAAGGUUGGAAUAUAAGAAAAUGGCUUUACUUUCCUGUAUUAAUUGUUGAAUGCAUAUAUUAAGAUUUAAAAUUUAUUUUUUGUUUAUAAAGACACAUCUUGUUUUUUUUUCUAGAAAUAAAAGAUUGAAAAGAUUGUUUAUAUAA